AUGGACUCGAACUCACUAUGGACUCGACGCUCGAAUUCCGGUAAACUCUCCUUGUCCAUGUCCACCACGGUACCUUCCGCCGCAAGCAAUACCGGUGAACCACCAUCGUCAAAGAUUUUUGGUCCACCUUCAGCCAAGGCCAGAGGACCUAACUACAAGAAUCCGUUCAACGACUUGCAAAGCAUAAACACUGCCAGUCCAGCCCUCCCCUCCCCGACUGCAACAAAGUCCGCAUCAGCUGCAUCUGCAUUCAAUAUUGGUAUUGGCGGCGCCUUUGGUUCCUUUGGUGUUAAAACUCCGAAAACCCCAGGCACCGCCGGAGGAGGUGAUGGCUUGAAUGCGGCGGGGGCUAUCAACUCUUCGAACAAUCCGAUCUCUCCGCCGAAGGGCGGGUUAACGGCAUCCGAGGUUGUCGCGGGAGGUAGGAAAGCCGUAGCUCCCGCACCCCAACAACCCCCACAGCAGGACUCCCACCCAUUGAAGAAUACGUGGAUUGUCUGGUAUAGGGCCCCGGGCAACAAGUUUCAGGAUUACGAGAAAUCGACCUUGAAAAUUGCCUACUUUGGCACGGUGGAGGAGUUUUGGAGCGUGUACACUCACCUGCGGCGACCGAGUGCUCUGCCGCACGUGAGUGACUAUCAUCUAUUUAAAAAGGGGAUUAGGCCUGUAUGGGAGGACAAGGAGAAUAGAAAAGGUGGAAAGUGGAACAUCCGCUUGAAGAAGGGUGUUAGCACAAGGUACUGGGAGGACCUAGUUUUGGCGAUCGUUGGAGACCAAUUCGGUGAAGCUGGCGAGGACCUGUGUGGUGCGGUUCUGAGCAUCCGGGGUAAUGAGGACGUAUUAAGCGUUUGGACGAGGGUGGAUGGAUCGAGCUGCCUGAAGAUAAAGGAAACUAUCAAACGCAAGCUGAAUCUCCCCCAGGGAACUAGGAUUGACUGGAAAUCCCACGCCUCAUCCCUCGAAGCUGUCAUCAACAAGACAGGUCCAGCCACCGGCGGGGUCACAAACGGGGGAGGUUCCGGUGCUGGAACAGGUGCCCCUACGUCACAAUAG